AUGUCCAAGAAAUUCAUGCCAACUUACAAUGAUGUGGUGGAUGCGAGCGCCUGCACUUUGAUCCUUCGAAACUUUUUCCAAAAAUUAUAUGUUAACUCCAAAUCCAAGCCCCCCGAGUCCACCAUCUCUACCUCUUAUUGGCCACCUCCACUUGGCUCAGUCCUGUCAAAAUCUUUCCAAACCCUAGCCAACCGGUAUGGUCCACUCAUGCAGAUACGUGCAGGGGCAUCAACAUGUGUUGUUGCUUCUAAUGCUGCUGUGGUAAAAGAAAUAUUCAAGACCCAAGAGCUAAAUUUCAUCUCUAGACCUGAAUUUGGCGGGUCGGAAUAUUUCAUUUAUAGAGGGUCAAGGUUUGUGACUGCCCAAUAUGGUGAUUAUUGGAGGUUCAUGAAGAAACUAUGCAUGACUAGACUCCUUGCUGCCCCUCAACUUGAUAAGUUCGCCGAUAUACGAGAGGAGGAGAAGGUAAAGUUAGUCGAAUCGGUGAUGACUUGUGCCAGAGAAGGGAAGUUGUGUGACUUGAGAAAAGAGUUCACGGCUUUCACAAACAAUGUUAUUUGUAGGAUGGCAAUGAGCACAAGGUGUUCUGGUCCUGAUAAUGAUGCAGAGAAGGUUAGGAGGAUAGGUAAGACUUGUUUGAUGCUGGCAGGGAAGCUUCUUAUAGGGGAUAUUUUGGGUCCUUUCAAGAUUUUUGACUUCUCUAGAACUGGCAAUGGGAAGAAGCUAGUUGGGGCACUAAAAGAAUAUGAUUGUUUGGUGGAAAGGCUAAUUAAGGAGCAUGAAGAGAAGGCAAUGGAAGGUUUUAAAGAGGGAGAGGGGAAGGAUUUGAUGGACAUAUUAUUGGAGAUAUAUAAUGAUCCAGCUGCUGAAAUCAGAAUAUCAAAAAACGACAUCGAGUCUUUCUUGCUUGACUUGUUCUUUGCAGGUACAGAUACAACAUCAGUAGCCUUGCACUGGACCACGGCAGAGCUAAUCAGCAACCCAGAGAUAUUCAAGAAGCUCAGAGAUGAGAUCAAUACAGUUGUUGGGCCCAACAGGCUGGUCAGAGAAUCAGACAUUCCAAACCUCCCUUACCUUGGGGCCAUCAUUAAGGAAACCUUAAGAAUUCACCCUCCAGCACCCUUAAUCAUCAGAGAAUGUGCUGAAGAUUGCAAUGUCAAUGGUUCUUUUAUCAAGGCCAGGACAAGAGUUGUCACUAAUGUCUACGCUAUCAUGAGAGAUCCAAAUUCAUGGGCUAAUCCCAAUGAAUUCAUGCCUGAGAGAUUCAUGGAGGGUUCAGAGGAAAAAAUUGGUGAGCAUCAAAUGGAAUUUAAGGGUCAGAAUUUCCGUUACCUUCCCUUUGGAAGUGGAAGAAGAGGAUGUCCUGGUGCAUCACUUGCUAUGAGGGUGAUACCUGCAACAAUAGGGGCUAUGGUGCAGUGCUUUGAUUGGAAAAUCAAGGAUGGGGAAAAGAUUGAUUUAAGCCCAGGACCAGGUUUUUCAGCAGAAAUGGCUCACCCACUUGACCCAUUCUCCACAACAGAGUCAGCUUGGGGACAAGCUUCAUGGGUGUCUUUGAAGAAUGACUCUCCAAGGCAUGACCAAACAAAGUUGGGAAUAGCAAGAACAGAGUUCUCCAACUGGCCCUUGUUGAAUAAUUCAGAAGAAAGAAGGAACAAAUUCUGCAAUACAUCAGAGAAAAACAUUCGCAAUGGAGAGUGA